AUGGCUAGACGAGGUCUUAUCAGUCUCUUUGUGAUCUUUCUUCUUGCUGCUGAGAUUUUGGCUGAUGAGCCAACAUACAACGUCGUAAACUUUGGAGCCAAAGGAGAUGGCAACACAGAUGACACUCAAGCGUUUGUAAAUGCAUGGAGUUCGAUUUGUCGCAACAGCACAGGACCCUCCACCUUACUCAUUCCGGCAGGGAACACAUUUUUAUUGGAUCGUAUUGUUUUUCAAGGACCUUGCAACUAUGUCGUUCACGUAAAGCAAUGUUCAAUGGAAGCUGCCAAUAGUCUGAGGCUGAUGAGUUGCACAAAUGUACAGAUAUCGGGGUUGAAGCUGAUCAACAGCCCCAUGAUGCAUAUAUCAGUGGGGAAAAGUGCCAAUGUCGACAUCAGAGGGAUCACCAUCUCCUCCCCCGGCGACAGCCCCAACACCGACGGCAUCCACAUCCAGCAAAGCCAACAUGUCAUGGUAACAGACUCCGUAAUUGGCACAGGAGAUGAUUGUGUGUCGAUGAGUGAUGGUGCUGUGGAUGUUUCUGUCAACAAUGUAGCAUGUGGUCCUGGCCAUGGAAUAAGUAUUGGGAGCUUGGGCAUAGCUGGGACCGUGGCAACAGCAUCAGACAUCUACGUUUCCAACUGCAACUUGUCCCAAACGACCAAUGGAGUCAGGAUCAAAACAUGGCAGGGAGGGUCUGGCUUUGCGAGGAACAUAUCAUUUGUGAAUAUUAACAUGAAUGAAGUGCGUAACCCCAUAAUUAUAGAUCAGUACUACUGCCCUCACAGCAGCUGUGCAUCAAAGACAACAGCAGUCCAAGUGAGCGAUGUGAAAUAUCUCUAUGUGACAGGAACCUCAACGAGUAGUGUAGCAAUUGCUCUGAAUUGCAGCCAAACUGUGCCUUGCACCGGCAUCACCAUGGACAAUGUUAAUUUGUGGUCUGCAAAUCAAGGAGAGCAGGUGCAGUCUAACUGCAUCGACGCCAAAGGAUCCAAGACUCCUCGGCGCUCCCUCCCUCGCCCUUCUUCUCGCGGUCGCCGCCCGCGCUCUAGAAGACUCCUCGGCGUCACCCUUUUUCUCAUGUCUGUCGCCCUUGCUCAAGAAGACUCCUCGGUGCGCCCUCCCUCGCGGUCGCCGCCCUCGCUUACAGAAGACUCCUCGGCCAGCCCUCCCUCGCUUCGACAAGGCUCUCACAGGCUGCGUCCCUCGGAGUUUGAGAAGUUGAAAGUUUCUGAAACCUCUCCUAAAGUAUCUGAGAUGGUGACCCAGAAAUCAGACAAAUCCAAAUCUAGCCCAGGAUCCAAAUCACGAAACAGAAAUGUGGCAUCUAAAAAUCCACAUUUCUAG